AAUUACGACUGAAGAGUCAGUCUACAUUCCAGCGAUGGCGGCGAAGGCCUAAAAUUGGUGUCUUCACGUUUUCUUUAAUAUUUAGCAGAGCUUUAGAGUUUUAAGUUGUCACAAUGUUUGUGUAUCUGAGCAAGAAGAUUGCCAUACCUAACAACACUAAGUUGAAAUAUGUUUCAUGGAAUAAAGAUCAAGGAUAUAUUGCAUGUGGUGGUGAAGAAGGACUUCUUAAAGUCCUCAAGUUAGAAACUGCUUCAGGAAAAGAUGCUAAAGUGAAAGGACUUGCAGCUCCAAGUAACCUGUCAAUGAACCAGACACUGGAAGGACAUAGUGGUGCUGUUCAAGUUGUAACAUGGAAUGAACAAUACCAAAAACUGACCACAAGUGACCAACAUGGUCUUAUUAUUGUUUGGAUGUUGUACAAAGGAAUGUGGUACGAGGAGAUGAUCAACAACAGGAAUAAGUCUGUUGUACGUAGUAUGGGAUGGAACGCCGAUGGACAGAAAAUAUGUAUUGUUUAUGAAGAUGGUGCCGUUAUAGUUGGAUCAGUAGAUGGUAACAGGAUAUGGGGCAAAGAAUUAAAAGGACAACAGUUAGCUCAUGUUGCUUGGUCAGCUGAUGGGAAGAUUUUGUUGUUUGGUAUGACAAAUGGAGAGGUACAUAUUUAUGACAACACUGGAAAUUUCAUUUCUAAGGUACAGGUGUAUUGCCUGUCUGGUGUGUCUGGUGCCCUACACAUUGCAGGACUUCAAUGGUACAAUGGUGUACAUGGAUACGUAGAACCUAACUGUCCCAGUCUGGCCAUCUGUUUUGAUUCUGGUAGAUGUCAGAUCAUGAGAAGUGAACUAGAUGAAAAUCCAGUACUGAUAGACACUGGUAUGCAGGUUCAACAGAUAGCCUGGAACCAUACUGGAUCUGUGUUGGCAGUGGCUGGAUCACAGAGAGCAAUGGGACAAGAUAAGGAGGUCAAUGUGGUUCAGUUCUAUGCUCCAUUUGGUGAGCAUUUGAGGACCCUGAAGGUACCUGGUAAACAGAUAGCCUCAUGUUCAUGGGAAGGUGGAAGUUUACGUAUAGCUUUAGCUGUCGACAGCUUUAUUUACUUCGCUAAUAUUAGACCAGAUUAUAAGUGGGGAUAUUGUUCUAACACUGUGGUGUAUUCCUUCACCAAACCAGAGAGAGUUGAGCAUUGUGUUAUAUUUUGGGAUACCAAGAAUGGAGAGAAAUAUGUAAAGUAUGUGAGAAAUUUGAUUGCUAUAACUGCCUGUGGAGAUUACUGUUGCUUAGCAACCAAAGCAGACGAUUCAACCAACCAGUAUGUAUUAGUAUUGUGUAAUUCUAUUGGAACUCCUCUAGACUCUAAGUAUGUUGAGAUUGAUCCUGUUUAUCUGACUAUGACGAAGACCCACAUCAUAACAGGAUCCAAAGAAGCCUUCUACACAUGGCAGUUUAAAAAUCCAAAGAAGUUAUCUACCCUUGAAGUAGCAGGAAGGAGAAGGACUGGUACAGAAAGAUUACACCAUAUAGAUGAACAACCAUCAGGAGGUGCAGCUCAAGAUGAAGUAGAUUUCUCAAAAGCUUUCCAGAAUACAGAAGAUCCUAUUUGUUGUAUCUGCUCCUCAGAUAAAGUAUUGAUUGUGGGGAGAGAAUCAGGGACACUGAACAGAUACUCUAUGCCGAUGUUGUCACUUACACAUAAAUAUGCCCUGAACUGCAGACCACACCAGCUAUCCCUUAAUUCAACUUCCAGUCGUUUGUCAAUUAUUGACAUCAGUGGUGUGUUGACCUUCUUUGACAUUGACACAAGGAUAACGGAUACUGACGGAAAAGAAAUUGUUGGAGAACAUUUGAAAUUUGAACGUAAAGAUGUCUGGGAUAUGAAGUGGGCAGAGGAUAAUCCAGAGUUGUUUGCUAUGAUGGAGAAAACUAGGAUGUACAUCUUUAGAAAUCUGGAUCCUGAGGAACCAAUUUUAAGCAGCGGUUACAUUUGUAACUUCAACGAUCUGCAGAUCAAGUCUGUCCUUCUGGAUGAGAUUAUGAAAGAUCCAGAAAACCCAACCAAAGAAAGCAUGGCAGAAAUGGAGAUUAAAUCAUUAAGAGACACACGAGAUCUGUUAGAAAAAGUUGGUAUAGCUGAUGCUCAACAGUUUAUAGAGGAUAAUCCACACCCAAGACUCUGGAGACUUUUGGCUGAAUCAGCUUUGGAACAACUGAAUUUGAAAGUAGCUGAGCAGGCUUUUGUUAGAUGUAAAGAUUAUCAGGGAAUAGAGUUUGUUAAAAGGCUUGGUAAUUUACAGAGAGAAGAUAUGAAACAGGCUGAGGUAGCUGCUUACUUUAGGAGAUUUGAGGAGGCAGAGAGAAAGUACCUGGAUAUGGAUAGGAGAGAUCUAGCAGUGAGCUUAAGGAAGAAAUUAGGUGACUGGUUCCGUGUUGUACAGUUACUUAAGACUGGUUCCGGAGGAGAUGAUGUACAAUUGGAGGAAGCUUGGAAUGCUAUAGGAGAUUAUUAUGCAGACAGACAGAAAUGGCAACAAGCUGUGACCUACUAUGUUCAAGGUCGUAACCAAGAGAGACUGUCAGAAUGUUACUACAUGUUAGAGGACUAUAUGGGGUUAGAGAAAAUGGUGAUGGCAUUACCAGAAAAUCAUAAACUACUGCCUGAAAUAGCAGCCAUGUUUGUUACUGUUGGAAUGUGUGAACAAGCAGUUAAUGCUUAUAUCAGGUGUAACCAUAUAAAGAAAGCUAUAGAUUGUUGUGUACACCUUAACCAAUGGAAUCAGGCAAUAGAAUUGGCUAAGACACAUAAUGUACGGGAGAUAGACUCUCUCCUGGCCAAGUAUGCUCAACAUCUACUGGAGAAAAACAAAGUAGUCAAUGCUAUUGAGUUGUAUAGGAAAGCUGGACAUUAUCUGGAGGCUGCUAAAUUACUGUUCAAACUAGCCAAUGAGCAGACAAAGAAGAAAUUAAAACCUCUGCAUAUAAAGAAGAUGUAUGUUCUGGGAGGUCUGCUGGUCGAACAUUAUCAUGAACAAAUGAAAAUGACCUCAAGGGCAAAGGUCAAGGAUAAGAAAGGGGCAAUGGCCGCAUCUGCUUUAGCAGGGUUCUUAGAGGAAGAUGCUUCAGCCAUUACAGAUACAAGUAUUAUAGAUAAUGCAUGGAGAGGGGCAGAGGCUUACCACUUCUACUUACUGGCACAGAGACAGUUAAAUGAAGGUUAUGUGGAUGCUGCUAUGAAAACUGCAUUGUAUCUGAGAGAAUAUGAAGAUAUCAUAGAUCCAUGUGAUGCAUACUCAUUGUUAGCCUUGGCAGCUACAGCGAACAAAGCAUUUGGAAUGUGUUCUAAAGCUUUUAUAAAACUGGAAACAUUAGAAACAUUAACACAGGAACAGAGAAAUACGUAUGAAGAAUUAGCUCUGGAAAUAUUUACUAGACACAGUCCUAAAGAUAACAGAGCAAACAAGGUAGAAUGUACCAGCUGUGCUACAAGUAUACCUGAUUGGUGUACUGUUUGUCCAAAUUGUGAUACAAAAUUCCCAACAUGCAUUGUAACAGGAAGACCACUGAUGGAAUACCAAUUUUGGAUGUGUAGCGCAUGCAAACAUCGAGCAUAUGAAACAGAAAUUUCAAAUCGUCAAACAUGUCCUCUAUGUCAUACACAAGUUUAACUCUAUGAAAGUUGAUAGAUAUAUGUAUUCAAUUUAUUUAUUUGCUUCUGAGAAGAAACAUUCCAAAUCUACUCUAAAUAGAAAAAAAGACUAUUUGAGUUUAAACUAAAAUUUUGAGCUCCAGUUUGUAUCAAAUUCAAUGAUUUCUGACAUUUAUGAAGUGAAGAGAAGGUUAUAAUUUAAUUCUGAUUUAAAAUAACUUAUUUUUCUAUAGAGGCAUUUUACUAUAUAGAGGAAAUAUUUUAUAUUUUUGUAACGCCAAAUAUUUGGUCAGGAACACUUAAAUCUUACGCUUAUUUUACUCUAAUUACUUAUUACAGCUUUGGUUUUCUUCAAGGUAGAUAAAGAGAAAUUGUUAUUUUUGUAUGAUUUGUUGUAAACUUUUAUUGUCCAAGUUAUUGAAUAUCUGUUUUUAUAUCUGAGUUUUCCGUCCAUGUGAAAUACUGUCUUACUAUACACAAUAAAAUUCUUAACAUUU